AUCAGAAACCAACUUCUUUCUUUUCAUCGCUUGCGAUUUCAAUUCAAACUCUUUCAUCUUUUUGUUGCUGAAAUUGCAGUUUGCUUCAAUGGGAUCUCAAGACAACUCAUCUCUGCAAUCCAUCCGUUAUCUCCGUGGCUCACUUCAACUACUUGACCAGAGAAAGCUUCCUCUUGAUACCAUCUAUUUGGAAAUUCGAGAUGCUGCUGAGGGCUGGGAAGCAAUAAGAGAAAUGGUGGUUCGUGGGGCACCCGCAAUCGCCAUAGCUGCGGCACUUUCGCUGGCUGUAGAAGUAUCUAAACUGGAGGGAUUUAGUGGAACUCCAGAUGAAGCAGCAUCUUUUCUUAAAAAGAAAUUGGAAUAUCUUGUCUCAAGUCGUCCAACAGCAGUGAAUCUUUCAGAUGCCGCAACUAAACUUACAGAGAUCGUAAUGAACUCUGCUGCAACUGCUACAGAUGCCAAUCAAGUGUUCCAAGCUUACAUUGGAGCUGCAGAAGUAAUGCUGGAGGAUGAUGUUGCUUCCAAUAAAGCAAUCGGGUCAUUUGGAUCUUCUUUCAUUCAGAAUCAACAAAAGGAUUUUAAGAAAUUCUCUGUUUUAACACAUUGCAAUACUGGCAGUCUUGCAACAGCUGGAUAUGGAACUGCUCUUGGAGUAAUCCGUUCACUUUAUGCUGAUGGAGUACUAGAAAGUGCAUAUUGCACAGAAACCCGCCCAUUCAACCAAGGAUCAAGAUUGACGGCUUUUGAAUUGGUGCAUGACAAAAUACCAGCCACUCUUAUAGCAGAUUCUGCAGCUGCUGCUUUAAUGAAAGCUGGACGUGUGCAGGCUGUCAUCGUUGGAGCUGAUCGUGUUGCUGCUAACGGUGACACUGCCAACAAGAUCGGAACCUAUAGCCUUGCCUUAUGCGCUAAGCAUCACGGUGUUCUGUUUUAUGUUGCUGCACCCUUGACUUCGAUUGAUUUAUCUUUGUCUUCUGGAGAGGAGAUUGUUAUAGAAGAAAGAUCAGCCAAGGAGUUACUAAACACCCGUGGAGGUCUCGGGGAACAAGUUGGAGCUUCGGGAAUUGGUGUUUGGAAUCCAGCUUUUGAUGUUACACCAGCUUAUUUGAUAAAUGGUAUCAUAACCGAAAAGGGUGUGAUUACAAAGAUCGGGAAUGAGGUUUUCAACAUAAAGGGUUUUGUACAGAAGACUAUGAGCAACUAACCGAUAACGUGUGCAGAGUUGUUAUGCUAUCGAUAUAAAUGUACUUUGUGUUUCUGGAUUUAGAAUCAUGGUCGGAAAACCGACAUCCGUUCAACAUUGAUGCCUAGUUUGAGGUACAAGCAUGAAUAAAUUUAGAUCUUGUAGUAAUAUGGGAUUGAGAAAAUUCUUGUAUACUUGACUUGUCUUUCUUCACGCGAUACCAUCCAAGCAUGGGAGAAAUUAAAAUCGAUGCACGAAAUAACGUCAUAGAUGUAUUUUUAUUUGCUUUGUUCGACCCAUUUCAUAUACGUUAAUAAAAAAAUGUUAUCA